AUGACUAGCGAAAUUGAAGCUCAUCGACAAAGCCGUACAAAUUGCAAAACAAGACUAACUAAAUUUAAAACUUUUUUGGAUAAAUGUAUAAUCGAAAAUACGGCGGUCGAGGAGAUUCAGCUUCGUCUAAAUAAAAUGGAUGAGAAUUGGAAGGAAUAUGAUAAAGCGCAAUUGGGUCUUGAGACAUUGGCUCCGAGUGCAAAUCGUGAGAUUGAACGUAGUGAAUUUGAGGAAAUUCAUUUUAGAUAUUGUACUAUGGCUACGAAAAUGAUAAGCGAUCAUAGACAAUCUCUGUCACCGGAGCCAGGGUCUCAUGGUGGGGAGGUGAAUCACCUUACUCGCAUAGCACAAUUAGAGGCGGAGCUUAAUGCUCAGCGUAAAAAAGAGUUAGUAAAUUUGCGGGAACUUGUCGCGAGAAACACCACACCCAGCGAUGAAACAUUUGAAAAAGUGAGAAAUAUUCGUUUACCCACGUUGACGUUACCCACCUUUUCGGGUGGAUAUGGGGAAUGGCUAGGGUUUCGCGAUGCGUUCUCUGCAAUUAUUCAUGACGAUCCUUCAAUACCUAAAAUUCAAAAGUUGCGUUAUUUGCAAGCAAAAUUAAAGGGGGAAGCCGCGCAGGUAAUUGAAAGCAUCGAGACUUCCAGCGACAAUUAUGACGAAGCAUGGGAUCUUCUUAAAGAAAGAUUUAAUAAUGAGAGGGUCAUUAUUCAAAAUCAUAUGCAGGCAAUAUUCGAUUUAUCAAUUAUUAGUCGCGAAUCAGUUACAUGCUUGCGUACAUUUUAUGACGGGAUACUUCGGCAUAUGCGUGCGCUGAAAGUCUUGAAAGAGCCCACUGACAGCUGGGAUACACCCAUGAUAUGCUUGCUUACUGCAAAAUUGGAUAAAGAUUCUCGACGGGAGUGGGAAAAAGCGGUGAGUGGGAAUAGAAUGCCUAAAUUUGAUAGAUUUCUGGAAUUCCUGCGCGAUCGCUGUCAAUUGUUAGAAGCUAUAAACGCUGGUUGUGGUGAGAGUAACAAACUGAAUACAAGGCCGAGUAAUAAAUUGCAAACAAACAAUGAAAAGAAAUUAAUAGGAAAAUCCUUUUUAAAUGCGCAACCAAUAAUUUCGUGUUAUAAUUGCAAAAAUAAUCAUGUAGUCAAUAAGUGUCCAGAGUUUUUGAAUUUAUCAGUGAAUGAUAGAAAAGAACUGAUUAGCAAUAACGAAGGUUGCGCAAAUCAAGCUAAAAAUUUACAUGUUUGCAAUGCAUCGGCGGUGAUGUUGUCAACUGCAAUCGUAGAUAUGUUUGAUUGUAACGGGAAAAAACUCGAGUGUCGCGUUUUAUUAGAUAGUGGUUCCCAACCCAAUAUCAUCACAACUAGAUUUGCAAAUUUGUUAAAACUAAAAACAAGAAAAACUAAUGCAUCAAUUCAAGCAAUUAAUAAUCAGGAAAUAAAUAGCUUAGAAUGGAACAUCCCUCUUGCUGAUUCAAAUUUUUAUAAGCCUUCACAGAUCGAUGCACUGAUUGGCGCUGAAUUAUUUUACGAUCUCCUCUGUACUGAAAGGAUUCCAUUGACACUCCCACGUACUCACCUGCAAAAUACUAAGAUUGGAUGGAUUGUUACUGGCAAGAUCAACAAUAGUGAUCAAGGGAAUCAUGUGUCCUGUAAUUUGAUUCGGGAUCAACUACAUCAGCAAAUAGAAAGAUUUUGGGAAAUCGAGGAACUUGUGGAUGAGCGAUACUUCUCCGCGGAAGAGGAAGCGUGCGAGCAUCAUUUUCGAGAAAAUGUUCAACGCGAGCCAUCGGGACAAUAUAUGGUCCGAUUACCACUGAAGGAGGAGGUGAAAUCUCUUGGAUCAUCUUAUGAUACAGCUCGCAGACGAUUCUUUGCUUUAGAGAAAAAACUCGAAAAGGAUCCCAAAUUAAAAAAUAUGUACCACCAGUUUAUGCAAGAAUAUUUGGACCUGAAUCACAUGGAAGAAGUUAAUUCGAAUGAAAGGGAUGGAUACUUGAUUCCUCACCAUGCGAUACUCAAGGAGAAAAGUCUAACGACCAAGUUGAGAACAGUUUUUAACGCGUCAGCCAAGACAAAUUCAGGAGUGUCCUUGAAUGAGGUGAUGAUGGUGGGACCAACCAUUCAGGAUGGAGUGAUGGAGUUGAUGCUUCGUUUUAGAUUGCCCAAGAUUGCCCUAGGAGCGGACACUGAAAAGAUUCAACCUAUCAAGAUUUUUCAAUUGAGAAUAAUUACGUAUGGAACAUCUGCUGCCUCGUUUCUUGCAACAAGGUGUUUAGCGCAAAUAGCCGAAGAUGAAAGAUCAUCAUAUCCAGAAGCAGCGGUAGUUUUGCGUGAUGAUUUCUAUGUAGAUGACUUAAUGACUGGGAGGGAUUCAUAUGAGGAGGCUGAUCGAUUGGUCAAGGACAUGAUGGAAUUGACAUCUAAGGCGGGUCUUCGAUUGUGCAAGUGGGUCUCGAAUGAUGCAAGACUUACCAAUUCGCUACCAGAUAGUCUGUCUAAUUUACGCAAGAGUUUAAAUGAUAAUCAAACCACAACAAAGACCUUGGGCAUUGUUUGGGACACGUUUGCUGACGAGCUUGGAUUUGAUGUGAACAUUAAAGAAGAAUCAGAAGUCAUUACCAAAAGAUCAAUCUUGUCAGAGACUGCUCAAUUUUAUGAUCCUCAAGGGUGGAUUGCUCCGGUUAUCAUCGUGGCAAAAAUGGAAAUGCAGCAACUUUGGAAAAUGAAGGCAGGAUGGGAUGAUACACUUCCGGAAGAGAUGGAACGAAAUUGGCGAGUUUUCCGUGAUUAG